CCUGUCUCCAACAGUCUGUGAAGGAGCAGGAAGGAUUGUCACUCUGCUGGUUUUAGCUACUCAAGCUACUCCUGGUACUAGUUCGAUCAGCAAUAUCCUUUUUGUAACGAGGUGACCAGAAGUGAACGCAAUAUUCUAGGAUUGCAGCAGGAAUGGACGUGUUGUGUUGGAGGAAGCCUGGUGUGUGCUUUAGAAAGUUAUUGAUGGUGCUCUCUGCAAUCUACCUGAGCACAGAUAUGACUGUGGCAAUGAAGGUGACCUCCAUUGGGCCACAGACAGUCCGCAAAGCCCGGGGCGAGACAGUAGUUCUGGGAUGUACUUUCAUCGCUGACGACGCAGAUAGGGGAGAGCUGGACAUUGAGUGGUCGAUCAUGAGCCCAGAUACAACACAGAAAGAUGAGCUGAUCCUGGGUUUUUCUGGGGGUGAGGUGUUUCAUUACGGCAGCCAAGAUCUCAGCAAACGUUUGAGCUUCACGGCUAAGAACCCAGCAUUGGGUGACGCCUCUAUUUCCAUAACAGACCUGAAACUUGGAGACACAGCAACCUACCAGUGCAAAGUGAAGAAAACGCCGGGCAUUGAUACACGCAAGGUUACAUUGGUGGCGGAGGUGCGGCCCUCAGUGCCCAGGUGCUCAGUGCAGGGGAGCCAGGAUGAGGGCAGCUCAGUAUCUCUCAGCUGCAAAUCUGAUGAGGGCAUGAUCCCCCUCACCUACAAGUGGGAGAGGCAGAGUGGAGGAGGACUACCGCCCACAGCCAUACAGAACCCUGGAACAGGCAUACUCCUGAUCCAGAAUCAUACCAAGAGUUUCUCAGGAUCGUAUCGAUGCACAGUGAGAAACGCUGUUGGAGAGGAGCAGUGUGUGCUGUCGCUUGGUGUAAGCCCAUCUGUGAAUAAAGCCGGAAUGAUAGCGGGCGCUGUGAUUGGUGCUCUGCUUUUGUUGCUCCUCCUCCUGCUCCUCAUCUGGCUUCUUAUUUGCUGUUGCAACAAGCGGCGAUAUGAGAAGGAAGUGGCCAAUGAGAUCAGGGAGGAUGUGGCCUCUCCAAUCAGUCGCUCUGUCACACCCAAUGCCAGUGUCCACUCCAGCUUCCGCUCCAUCCUGGGCUACCGCUCACAUCACAUCACUGGCUACCAUUACCAACGAGCCAACCACAGUGUCAUCUACAAGGAGCAGCUUAUGGACAUCCACAAACCAUCGAAUUACAACCUGACAAUACCUGGGGGGGCUCCUGUUAUGACAUUCGCUCAAAACAGAGAAGGGUACUCUGUCUAAAAAGACAGAAAAGUAGUUAGUGUAUAGGAUAAAAAAAGUGAUGCAACAAAAGAGAUAUAGGUUUGAUAUAGUAUGGGAGAAAUUGUGUAUUUUAAAAGUGUUAUAAUUUCUAUAAGUAUAAAAAUCCAUAUAUUUGAUGGAUACGGACAGUUGGAGCCUUAUCACAUAUUCUAAAUCACUGCGCUACAUCACAGAAUUUAAAGUAUCGGUAGCCAUCUGGUUUACAGUUACAGAUGUGCACAGUAACUAUGAAACUGAGUGACCAAUUACCUGCAAUAAAUCCCAAAGUAGUAAGCAGACAUGCCGAUCUGGAUAAAGAACAAUGAAAUAAACAGGAAGAUUUCUGAUACAGACCUUAAACAAAUUACUGAAAUCCGAGACGUCAUUGAAUUUAUUUUUAUUCCUCACGUCUGCAUUGAGUGACAGGAAAUAAAUAAAUAACUCAGUGCCGUCUCAACUCCGCCCCCUGGUGUAUUUUUUUUUAAUGGCAAUGUGCACAAUAUCAAAAAUAAAGAUGUACGGGGACUUCCGGUGGCUUCCACCCAAGAUGGUGGCUUAGUUUGAGAGCUCCCACACUCAUCGCCCGAUUUAUUAAAAAAUAUACUUAUUAUUUCAGUGAAGGGCACGUUUUGCUACUAGCAUUACACAAUGGAGACACCAGAGAAAAGGGAUUCGUCAGCCAUGGACCCAAAUACUCCUUCCCCAACUAUGAAAGCCAAGAGUAAAAAAGCCAAAAAGCAGCUACUUACCUUUGAGUGCACAGCACAGAACGCGACUGAGCCCAGCCGCCAGGAUCCACAGGGUCAGACGCUGCCCUGGCUAACAGGUCCCAGCUUCAUUCGCUGAGAGAUUUUAUUGUGGAAUGCAUCAGGGAGUGUUUAAAAAGCUAAAUCACUGCUGAGAUUAAAACGGUUUGUGCCGAAAUUAAGUCCAUCCAAUCUCGGCUGCAGCAAACCGAGGAGAAGAUUUCCGUUACUUUCUCCACUGUUGACAAGCAGAAUAAGCGCGUAGAUAUUCUCCAGGCUGCCCAGCGCCAAAACCGGGCUUGCAUUGAAGAAUCUGAAACGGAGAUUGCCUUGCUUAAAUCUCGACUGGCUGAGUUAGAGGAUAGAAACCGCCGAUCGUUUUUGCGGAUCGUGGGCUUGCCAGAGGGUACCGAGGGGGGGGGGGACCCUAUUGACUUCCUGCAAAAAUCCCUACCAAUGUGGCUGUCAUCUUUGACCGGGCCUAUUGAAAUUGAGAGGGCCCAUCGCAUCUAUGAUGGAUCUAGCGCUCGCAGAGACAGGCCUUGCACCUUCAUUUUUAAAUUACUUCGCUAUACUGAUCGGCAGUUCAUUCUUAGGGCUGCCAGAAAUGUAGCUACACCACCCCGGCUAGACGGAAGCUCUCUACUUUUCUUCCCUGAUUACUCCGCCUUUACUGCCCAGCGAAGAAAAUGUUUUGCCCCGGUUCAGAAAUCUCUCAGGCAGCUUGGAGUCCAGAACUUCUUGUUAAACCCGGCAAAACUGAAGAUCAUUCAUAACGGCCAACCCAGUAUGUUUGACUCGGCAAAGGAAGCGGAAAGAUUCGUUUUGGGAUUAUCUAAUACUCAAUCUAUGGACUAAAUCUGCCGCAUUAUUUCAAACACCAGAAAUGUGUGUGUGUUUUUUGUUUUUUUUUCUCUCGCUUUUGGAAAACACUACUGCUCUAAUAUGGUUAACUGAACCCUACAGCACGGGAUCUGCUUAAUCGGGACUGUAUGUAAGUUACAUCCACAUGGUAGUGUAUGUUGGGGUGUAAUUGUUUUUGUAUUACAUUACAUCUAUCUAUAUAUUGGGAUGGGGUUAGUUAUGCACUGUUAUUUAAUUUAAUUGUAUUGCAAUACAGACACCCUGAUUUUCUUUUCUACGUUGUAUUAACCUAUUAUAUAUUUCUACCUUCCUGAAGUGCAUUAUGUUUUGAGUUUUUGGGUGUGGGUUUUGCAUCUUGGUUCGAAACCACGGAAGCUAAUAUUUUUUGUUUUUGUUCUGGCAAUGAGGGUCACGGCGGCACUAUGAGCUGCUGCUUCUCUCAGCUAGUCAGUUUUGUAAAAAUAGUUGUUUUUGUAUAUCAGAUUACAUUUAUUAGGCAAUCGCUUGGGAGCACAUUGUUAUACCAGUGCAGGGCUAUUUAAAACAUUUUUUAUUUUUGUUUUAUUUAAUCUGUCCGAUGCUAAUUCCAGGAUAUGUUUACUUCUUUCAUUGCUGUCUGUUAACUAUGCAACCUCUGUUAUACACGCUCAGUACACAUGGGAGGAGUGGCCCCGUACUGCCUAUUUUAAACCUCCAUAAUGGCUAAUUAUAAUUAUAUGUCCUGGAACGUGCGUGGUCUUAACUCCCCCAUUAAACGAGCCAAAUGUUUAGAUUUUUUACAUCGUAAAAACGUUACAAUUGCAUUAAUUCAGGAGACCCAUCUCAAAUCUGCUGAUGUCAAUAGAUUUCAAAAUAAACACUAUAAAGUAAUUGCUCACUCCUGCGCCUUGAAUAAAACAAAAGGGGUACUGACUGUGGUUAACAGACUGAUAAAUAUUACUAUUAAUAGUUCAAGCAAUGAUACUGAAGGCCGUUUCUGUCAAGUAAUAGCAACACUUAACAGUGUUAAACUGUGCUUAGCAUCAGUUUAUGCACCCAAUGUUUUCGAUCCUCAAUUUUUUGAGAACAUCAGGCUUAAGCUAUCAGCACUCCCAGAUUGUGCACUUAUUGCUGGGGGGGAUUUUAAUUUGACUUUCAACCCAGCUCUUGAUACUUCAUCACAGGGCACUGCCCUGUCUCUUAUCCCUGCCUCUAAAUACUUUCAGAACUUUGUGCAAGACUUAAAUGUACAUGAUGCUUGGCGUCUGAGAAACAAUGGUGUUAAAGAUUUCACAUUCUUUUCGAAUAGACACAAAAUAUACUUUCGCAUCGACUACAUUUUUAUCUCCCCAAUUAUUAUGCAUAAUAUUAUUUCCACAGAUAUAUUGCCAAUUCUUAUUUCUGAUCAUGCUCCGGUUUUGUAUUCAUUUGACUUGGUCCCAGGAAUUAAGCGUGCUAAACGCUGGCGUUUUAACUAAUUUUUACUUCAGAAUGAAGCUGUCUUAAAACAUCUCACAGAGAGUUUGAGAGAUUUCCUAGAAAUCAACCGUAAUACUGCAACCAACCCACAUUCAUUAUGGGAGGUUACUAAAUGCUUUAUUAGGGGCUGCUGUACAGCCUUUUCUUCUAACUUGAAUAAAACACGAAACAAAGACAUCCUCCAGCUAGAAACUACUAUUUCACAGUUAGAAAAAGAACAGAAGUGUAACUUCUUAAAAAGUAAAGCAAAACAGUUAGCCACCUUAAAGACUGAAUUCAAAAAUCUUACUAGUAGCAGAGCAGAAUUCCUGGUACACAAAACAAGACAGCUCUAUUAUGAGCACGCAGAGCGACCUAGCAGAUUACUUGCAUUGCGUUUAAAACAAUCCGAACACUUGGCUUCUAUUGAGGCAAUCAGGGACAGCAAUAAUGUUGUACUUUCUAAACCAGAGCAGAUUAGCAAAGUCUUUCAAUAUUUUUAUUCUCAACUUUACACCUCUGAAGCUGGUGCAGACUUGGCAAAAAUUGAGGAUUUUUUAAAUCCAUUGGAAUUGCCUCAAUUAACUGCUGAAGAGGCGGAGCACUUGGACGCUCCUUUAACGUUGCAAGAAUUAGAGGCAGCAGCUCGAUCCAUGCAGAAGCGAAAGUCCCCUGGGUUGGAUGGCAUUCCACCUGAGUUAUUGCUGGCAGUAUGGGAUCAAGUUGGUUCAUAAUGCUCCAUUCUAUAAAUUUUUCACUGCAAACUGGCUCUUUCCAUAGAGAUCAGAAAUCGGCUUUGAUUUCAUUGCUUGUUAAAAAAAGGAAAAGACCCUUUAGACUGUGCCAGCUACAGGCCCCUUUCACUUUUAAAUUCAGAUCUAAAAUUGUUUGCUAAAGCUCUUUCUAGGCGGUUGGAAAAAUAUAUGUGUAAUCUAAUACAUCAUGAUCAGACCGGGUUUUUAAAGAGCCGCCUUGCUUCAGACAACUUACGGCGUCUUUUUCAUAUUAUAGACCAAGCCCCCCAUCAACCCGCCUCUUGUGCCGUAUUUUCUCUGGAUGCUGAGAAGGCAUUUGAUCGCCUGGAAUGGAACUAUCUGUGGGCAGUUCUAGAACGCUUUGGCUUCGGCCAUUCUUUUAUCAAUAUGAUCCGCACUUUAUACAGCAACCCUACUGCAUGUGUGCAGACCGGGUCAAUGUUAUCCCCUCAGUUUGCACUCGGCAGAGGUACCCGACAGGGCUGCCCAUUGUCAUCAUUAUUAUUUGUCCUUUGCUUAGAACCAUUGGCGCAAGCUAUUAGAUAAAGUAACAAUAUAGCUCCCAUUACUGUACAGGGCUCCAAACACCAUAUAUCAUUUUCUUGUUUCUAUCUGAUAUUUCUAAUUCAGUCCCUAACGCACUGCAUUUAAUUGAUCAUUUUGGUAAACUCUCUGGAUAUAAAAUAAACUGGUCUAAGUCUGUUUAUGUGCCUUUGAAUUGUAUUGCCACAACAACCCCUCUUCCCCCUCAUAUCUCUAUUCGGCCGCAGCUCACAGACUUUACAUAUUUGGGCAUUAAGAUAUCCCCAGCAGAUUUGUAAAGAAAAUAUGCUUGAAGUUCUAAAUAAAAUCAAAACAGAUUUGACUAGAUGGUCUCCAUUACAGGUUUCAUUACAUGGUAGGAUUUCUGUUAUAAAAAUGAAUAUACUGCCUUGUAUUAAUUUCCUAUUUUCUAUGAUCCCCAUUUCAUUACCACAAAAGUACCUUGAACAAAUAAAUUCUAUUAUAACUGGUUUUAUUUGGAAGGAUAGGCGACCAAGGAUUCGGUUGACUUUGCAGCGCCCUAAAACAAUGGGCGGCCUGGCAGUACCCAAUUUUAAAUAUUACUACUGGGCUUUUCAGCUAAGGGUAUUUAAAACGUGGCUGGAUUCAGGGUCUACAGCUUCUUGGCGACCAAUUGAGGAAGCCUUAGUUAAGCCAAUCAGACUCUAGGAUCUUCUAUUUUCCGCACCUAAGGACAGGGCUAUUUCUUUUCGAAUGGGUCCAAUCAUUGCAAACUCAUUAGAUAUUUGGAAGAAAGUUAACCGAUUUCUUGGCAGCCCCUCAGAACUUCAUAAGCUUUCACCUAUGUGGAACAAUCCCUUUUUACUGACAGGCUCUCAGCCUUUUACUUAUCCACCCUGGUCCUCCAGACAUAUUCAUAUUCUUAGUGAUAUCUUUGAUGAUAAUGGCCUUCGCACGUUCCAGGACCUUAAGGAUAAUCACUCGCUCCCUGGUUUUACCUAUUUCAUGUACCUCAGACUCCGCUCAGCCCUUGGCGCCUAUGGGGUGCCAUUGGACUCUAUGUUACCUAUCCACCCUGUGACUAAUAUAUUUGCUUCAACAGUCACCUCAAGAGACUUAGUUUCUUCUUUAUAUCACUUUUUUCUUUCUUUCUUUUAAAAAUAGCUCCCUUCCAGUUACCUUAAUAUGGGAUAGAGAGCUUGAAAAACUGGGCUGUAGUCCUGAUUGGGAAGCAGUAUGGGACAAUGUCUUUUCGUCCGCAAAAAAUCUAGCACACCAGCUAAUUCACUUCAAACUAGCACAUAGAAUAUAUGCUACACCAUACCGACGAUUCCAGAUGAAGAUCGUUUCAGAUCCUCUCUGCCAUAAAUGCACUCAGGGUGUGACUGGAACGUAUCUACAUAUGUUCUGGGAAUGUCCUGAAAUUGAAUGCUUAUGGAAAUAUGUGGCGACUGUGCUUUCUGACGUGAUUGGUGUGAAAGUGCCAUUGAGUCCCCAAUUGCUCCUUCUCAGCAAUGACUCCCAAAUGAAUAUUAGCCUUCAGACACGACGGCUGUUGUUGGCUGGACUAACAGCAGCUAAAAAGUCAAUCCUACGAGGUUGGGUGGAGACAGAGGUACCCUUAGAUCGUGUCUGGUUGCACUCAUUUGCAGAUAUUGUGUUGGUGGAGAGAAGUACAGCUAGAUUAUAUCAUGCCAGUGCAAAAACUGAAACGGCAUGGACAGAUGCCUUUUCUUAUCUUAUCUUGUUUUAGAGCUCCCAAUUGUUAGUUUGUAUUCAUGUGUACUAUGCCCAACUAUUUUACUUGCUUGUUAUGGAAAACAAAUAAAAAACAAUUGUUCAAAUAAAUAAAUAAAUAAAGAUGUACUUUCUUUUACAUGUUUGUCUGUACGCACAGGAUGCCUCCACUGCAGUGAAGUCAACUCUUUUGUCUUAAUAAAAAGUACUCACUGUGUAACUAUGCCUCUGGAACGAAAAUAAUUUUAUGUUGCAACAAAGCUGGAAACUAUAUUGAUUGUUUCAAAGAUGCAGUAAUGCAGGCAUAGCUCUGUCGUGAAUAUAGGUUGUCAAAAAGCACUCUGUUUUUUUUUGGCUUGUUCAGCAACCAUGCGGCAAAGCAAAAUUGAUUAAAGAAAAAACAAAAAAACAUGAGGAUCUGAUGAACUUUUCCUGUCAACUUUUCAUGUCGGGUUGAUUUGGAAUAAAAUAUCAGGUUGGGAUUCUUGCAUGUUGGAUUAAGAUUUGGUGCACUUUUAAACAAUUCAUGUCAGAUUGACUUUGAAUAAAAGUUCAGCUUCAA